CGCGGCCCCCGCCGCCGCCCGCCGCGCCCCCCGACGCGCCCCCGCCGCCGGCCGCCUCCCCCCGACGCGGCUCCCUGCCGCGCCUCCCUGCCGCGCCCCGACGCACGUCCCUGCCGCGGCGCCCGCAGCCGCGCCGGCCGCCGCGCCCCCCGACGCCGCCGAGCUCCCGCCACCGCCUCCACCCCCGACCUCGUGCCACACCCCCCCCCGUCCUCGUGCCGCGCCCGCCCCUCGCCCACUCCUCCGAUCCGGAUCUAGAUCUAGCGCAAGGUCGGGCUCGGCCUCGGCCCAGGCUCCCGCCGCGGCGUCGGUGGGCGACGGGCUCUUCGCGGACUACAAGGCCACGACCACUUUCAUCUUCUCCGGCCACGACGUCGCAGGCACGUCCCAGUAGUUAGCUAGCUUUGCGUCAUCCAUUCACUGCAUUGAGGAACGGACUCUGCUGGACUCAUCUGGACUGGUUGUAGAAGGGGUCAAGGGCCACUGCUGAACUCUGAACACAUCCGUCGGUCCAUCCCCUCGAAAAGAGAUGGGCCGUGGGCUUGGCUAAAGCCGCAAGCAAGCCCCCUCCUCUUCGUCGGCGGCCGCUACCUCCCCGCUCCCACAAUCUGCCGCGCCGCCGCUGUCCCGGCCAACUUCCUCCUCCCGAGGCGGCGGUCGCCUCGCGCGGAAUCUUCGCGUGGGCAGAGCAGAGAGAACUCGCCGAGGGCGCUUGCGUGGGCUUCGCGCAGAUUAGACUCCCAUCCCUCCCGAAUCCCAGCGGGCGAUGCAGGCGAAGAAGCUGACGCUGCUGCAGACGGUGGCGGCCGCGGGAGUCUUCUCCGCCGUCUCCUGCUGGUAUGGCUUCAUGUUUGGAAGGGAGUCCGCGCGGCGAGAGCUUGGUGACAUCAUAGACGACCUCCGCAAAUCCACCACCACCUCAACCACUUCAUCUGAACCCGAUGCUAAUUCCAAGCCAUAGUAUGCUAUGCUAUUCCCCCAUCUAAAUGUGGUCAAUUUUGUUUGUGGAUCCUGCAAUGUAAGGUAGAUGGAAUAACCAGUCUUCGAGAUGUUUUUACUAGUUUUGCUACUUUUGCCCCCUCCAAAAUGUGUUAUUCAGCUUGAACAUCUGUUUAGAAUGAAAAACAAGUUAAAGAUGCUGUUUGUUUAAGGGGACAGUAUAUUGAUCCUUGCUGUUGGAGAGUGUGGCUCAUUUUUUUUCUUUUUUGACAGUGUGGAUGUUGUCAUGUAGACAUAUCCCAUGGUUUCAUGUUACUAUUUCAGAUGAAGGGAACUUGCUACAAUGUGAUGUCUAGACAGUCUAGUGUUGUCCUGGGGAAACAAAUUUCUGGCUGGCUCACUGCCCUGUUUUGAAGCCAUGGCAGGCAGCAUUCACUGCCACAUUGAUAUUCAGUGACCAAUCAGCUAGGGUUGGUGGUUGAUUGGAAACUGAUAUUUGCCAUCAAGCAAUAGGAUUUCACGUUGCUGCAAUAUGGGAUGGCAGUGGACUAUUAGUUUAGUGAUCAUAUAAAACAAGGGGCACAUGUAGCAGUUCCAGAACCAUUGUCCCCACCCUAGACGUCUGAAAGGAAAAACAAUAUAUAAUUCUUGAUGAUGUGAGUGUAAAGUUUUGCAACACCUCUUCAUCGAUUCCAUUGCCUGAAGAAACAAAUUGAACUGAUGGGUAGGUACCGCAUGCAGCCAUACAUCAACCAUGAAUCGGCUUUACAAUGGAACAGUUCCCCCAUGUCUUUCAUCAGCUAUAACAGUAGUACCAGCACUCUCAGAGGACACCAUGUCAACAUGUAUGUUAGCUCCCAACUUCACCUCAGGCCUUCAUGCCAUCAAUAAAUCAUCAAAUGGGAAGCUUUGUUCUGGGCCAUAUGUUACUGAGCCAUCUGAUUCUGAUACUCAAUUGCUGUCAACACAUUCAUCGCUCCUGUGUAAUUCAAGGCCUUUAAUGAUGGAUUUUCCAGAAGUAUCUGAACAGAUAAGUUCGAACCAAGAACAACUCCUAGGUUUAUUUGAUUAUCCAUCAAGUGUUGGUUUUCCCAAUCCACAAAACGUGACUGCCUUUGGCCAACAAGUUCAAGACACCAUCAUAACCGAUCCUAACACUCGUGUUGGCGGUGUUGCACUGCAAAAUGAGUGGUUCUCAUCUGGGAGUUCCAUGCAGCUUCCCAAAAAUUUGAUGCAAGAAGUGCAACACCAGCCACACCUAAAAGUUAUCCGUACUGCCGUACUCAAAGAAGUCUACCGAAUCCUUUCAACUGUGAUGAACUUUGCACUGACAACCUGCCUUCUUCAAAUUCUGCUCCAAAGUCAAGGAUACGCUGGACACCUGAGCUCCAUGAGCGUUUUGUUGAUGCUGUUAACAAGCUGGGGGGGAGCGAAAGUAGAAGCAACUCCAAAAGCAGUCCAGAAGGUUAUGAAGGUCGAAGGAUUAACUAUAUACCAUGUAAAAAGUCAUCUGCAGAAGUACCGUACGGUGCAACAUCGACCUGAAUCAUCAGAUGCAGGUGUGCCUGGACGGAGAAGCAGCCAAACGGAUGAAGUGUCCACUCUGCAGUUAAAAGGCACAGGGAAUGUUGAAGGCUUGAUGGCGCAGAUUACCUUGCAGAAACAACUUCAUGAACAACUUGAGAUCCAAAGAAAGCUGCAGUUGCAAGUAGAGGAACAGAGCAAGUACCUUGAAAUGAUAAUUGUGAAGCAAAAUGAGAGCCUUAAAAAGCUUGGAGCAUUACCAGGGUUUCAAGAUCGAUUCCUUCAGGUUUCGGAUAACAAGAAAGAACGUGAAGAAUGGACAGUAUGCACACAUUCAGCGGAACACAGAUUAUGAGAAAAUGAUUCGCAGCUCACAGGCUGCAAACUUAUUGGUUUCUUGCUAGAGUAUGAGUUGCCUUCGGGACACAGAUUUUCACGUUGCAAGGUAUAUUUUUUUGCCCUUGACAAAUAUGGUUGUGCUGUAGACAGUGUGAGAGCAAGUUAUGGCUCAUCGAUUCAGAGUCAAUCCAGGUUGACCUGAUUCCUUUCAGCAUCAGAAA